GCCGAAUAUACAUAUGUGUCAAAAGUAAAAGUAAAACGGGAUACAUACAAUAUCGAUCUUCUAACUUCGUUUUAUACAUUAGUGUUUAUUCAAGAUGGGCGAUCAACGCGGAACUCGUGUUUAUGUUGGAAAUUUGACGGAUAAAAUAAAAAAAGACGAUUUAGAGGGAGAAUUCACAAAAUAUGGAAAAUUAAAUUCAGUAUGGAUUGCAUUUAAUCCACCCGGUUUUGCCUUUGUUGAAUUCGAGCACAGAGAUGACGCUGAAAAGGCAUGCGAUGUUUUAAAUGGAACUGAGCUUCUGGGUUCGCAAUUGCGUGUUGAGAUAUCUAAAGGACGUCCACGCCAAGGUCGUCGUGGUGGUGGAGAUCGCGGAAGGCGUGAUUAUGGUCGUCGCAGUGGUAGUGGUGGUGGAUACCGCCAACGUUCCAGUGGCGGAGGUAGUGGUGGUAGAUACCAUGAUCGUGGUUAUGGUUCCGGUGGUGGUCGUCCUGGCGGAAGUUAUGGUGGUGGACGUGACGGUGGUGGUAGCUUUAGUCGUCGUGACGGUUAUGGGGGUGGUGGACGCGACGGUGGACGUUCAUUCGGUGCCAAUAAUUACGGUAGUGGUGCUCGCAGCGGUGGUGGUCAAGGCGGAGGGCGUUUUAGAUCCCGUUCACCAGUUGGAAAUCAUCGUUUCUAAAUUUUUAUAUAUAUACAUUUCUUAAAUAAAAAUUACUGUAUUUAAACCAUAUUUUCACAAGAUUUUCGCUGCAGAGUUGUGAGAAACAAUGAAGUAUAAAUAGCUAAUUAAUAUCUAAAUUAUAACUUAUCAAAGGGAAAUUGCUGUGCGAAUAAACAUGAUUUAAUAAAUUUUUAAAAGUGCACUUUGGGCAUUUCUAACUUA